UCUGCAACACCUUGCCUCGCCUCGCACUUUGUUUACCUCUACCAGCUGUUGCCUGACACCCUCGCCUGCCAUUCCUCGCCAGCCACACACGAGGCCUGCGUGCUGGUGACCACUGAGGAGAAGGUGUGAGUGUGAGAACGUGGUGGUGAGCGGCGAGAUGGGGGUGAUGGGGCGCGUGGUGUCUGCGGAUGACAGCCUGCAGGACAAGCUGACAGCCCUUGCCAAAGGAUGCAGUUUUCAGAUCGGUCUGCUCAUAGGACAGAACACAAGUGAGAAGGACAUAAUCGUCCACCUGGCACCCACACCUGUGCCAGACGAGGGCGACCUAAGUUCAGAGGAGGAGGAGGCAGUGCCAAGCCCCAGACAUGAAGCCAACAAGCCCAAGUUCCCAGACUCCAUCCCCAAGGUGGUGGAGAGCACAGUGUCUCAGCAUGCUCGCCAGGUUGUGCGAAUGCUGCCCGGUGGCCUUGACAUCAUUGGGGUGUAUGUGGUGACGCCCCUUGCUGACUUCACCACCUCCACCAGCCAGUCCAAGCUGCGCUCCAUCCUGGCAGCCACACACAAAACUACCUCAAGGAUCCUUCUUGAAACAGCAGAGACAAGGACAGAGAAAGUCAUCCUUCAUGUGUGCACACAAUCCUUCAAAAUUGUGUGUAAGACACUGGACAUCUCUGCCACAGCUUCCAGCACACAAGAAAAUGCUGACCUGAAGUUCCAGCGAGGUGGCAGCAAAUGGCAGCAGCUCAGUUAUGCUUACAACAUCAGUCUUAACUUUUGGCUUCCCAAGGACAAGCCAUCACAGUCACUCUACAAGACUAUAAUAAGUCUCAUUAAGCCGUGGGCAAAGAGUGUGACGCAGAGUCUGAUCCUCAUCGACUCAGAGCUCCCAGAUGAUGAAGAGCUCCUUGAUUCCACAGUGGAGGAGAAGCCAGCAAAGAAGAAGGGAGGAAACAGAGGUCUGAUGGAAUUCGUUCCCCCAAAAGCCUAUAAAGUGGAAAUCCUUGACCCGUGCAUCCCAGUCUUGCCUUCCAAUGGCCUGACCGACAUGAGUGGCAGCAUCAGGCUUUCCGGCACACUGGCAGGCCUGGCUUUUGUUCAUUCCAAGGCCACAGUGGGGGAGGCUCGUGCUGCUGUGUUAGUUGACUUGGUGAGGUCCGUCGUGUCUCGGUGGGAGAUGCACUGUGACUCCCUGGUGGAGGAGCCGCCUUCACACCUCAUCGGUCCCAUCAUACAUGAGCCUCCGAGGCGUGUGUUUCUGGAAGGUGGUGGGCUGCCAGUGAGCUUGUGUGACUACCUGUUUCCGGGAGACAGCUGUGCUGAUGCCUGCCAGUCUGCCAAGGAGCUGCUCGGUCUUAAGAUACGGAAGGAACAUGUUGAUGACUCGCAAGAAACUUUAGCAGAUGCCUCUGAAGUGAUGUGCAGUGGAGACAUCAGUGUGGGUGGUGCUGAGGAGCUUGAGUCCCAGGGUGCCAGCAGAGAGGGCCCCUGCUCCUCCACACAGCUCCUCCUGGUUCUGGCCGUGGCUGCUGUGGGAGUGGGUGUGUCCUUUGUUAGUCUACAAGGGUCGCAAGUGUUAACAUAGGUGACAAGUUUUGUAGUCCAAUGUUAAUAAAUCACAGUAACUGAAUUAUUGUUAUGGUCUAAACAAAGAGAUCCUUAAAUGUGUAAGCAAACUUUUAUAUUGUGUAGGGUUUCAUAAAUUGUUUUGGGAGCGUUUCUUGAAGCUUUUAAUUUUCGCAGUUAUACCAUGGCAGGUUCAUAUAUAUAUAUAUAUAUGUAUAUAUAUAUAUAUAUAUAUAUGGCAGGUUCAUCAGGGCUUGCUUCGUUCAUUCCUGGUAUGUUGAUGGUUCUAGUAAUGUUUGUGCUCUCUGUAUACCUUACGGAACUUUUGUCCUCAGUGUGUAUGAUUUUAAGGUGCAUGUAUGAAAGUAAGAUGAAAGCUUCCAUUUCAUGGUGUUGUAGUUUUUGGUUACCUCUUAUGAUUAGUGUCUUGGUCUAUUGUGAAGCUUAACAGAGACAACCAGUUUGUGUCAAUGGUGGAAGUGAUGUGUUCUUUCCUCCAGACACUCUUUGCACCACUUUAUUAUUCAGGUUCACACAUACUGUGAUCAUUAAUUUUCUGUGUAUUUUUGUCAAGGGUAAACCUUGUCUGUGCAUUACCACAUAAGUGUUGGAGGGUCUUGUUCUCAUUUGUUUGGCUUCUUACACAGCUAAUGGGAGUGUUCAAGAUACGUCAGUGUGGGGACCUGUGCAUGUUGGUCAGACAGUGGUGCUGCCAUCUUCAGUGACUUUGCUGGUUGAGUCAAUUGUAUUACUUAAAGAUAUUCAAGAUAAUAAUAGGUCAAGAUUUCAAGGUUUUCAGAAUAAGUGUUUUAUAUUGGUCACUCCAUAACCAAAAAUUUGAGGUGAUCAAGAUUGUAAUCAUAUGAUAUAUUUGCUGUGACAAGAUUCUCUUUAUGAAAGUGACAUUUACUUUUACAUUUUACAUUUACUUUUAACCUUUUCACAGUGAUAUGCAACAGUUCACAGCACUAAAGGCAAUGCAUGGAGUCUUUAUAAACAUCCACAAGAAAGAGGAGGAUAAAAAGAAUAGAUAUUGCAGUUCUAGCCAAUACAGUGUUUGUAAGUGGCUGUAGAACAAGAGAAGGUAUCUCAAUAAAGGAAAAAUGUGGCAAAUAGCAGUGAAAGGAUUAAUGGCAGCUGUAGAAAGUAAAUGGCAGAGUAACAUUUAUGUGAGCAAAACAAAACACCUAGCAAGACAGGGGGAAAGAUAUGAGAGGACGGAGCUUCCCCUCAGCCCCUUCACCACCAGCCACCACACCUCAGUAAUCCCCAGAUCAAAGAGAAUCAAAUGCUUUGUGCCUCCCUUCCCCCUUGGGUGAUUGUUCAUUGUUUUUAUAAGACUUCAUAUGAGUGCUAAUUCCCAUCUUGCAUAAUUGUUCUCAUGGGAAAGUUUACGUUUUGGCUGAUUAAUUUUUUAUCAUUUCAUCGCACACUAUGGUAAAGUUAAAUAAAGUGUAGUAUGUUGUUACCAUAGAUGCAUUAUGGAGAUAUCUGCAUUACUAUAGCAGUGUGCAUCGUAUAUAAUUUAUUUUUAACGUGGUGUAUUUCUCAGCCAUGUACUAUAUUAUGGGAUGGUUCAAACUGUAAUGUUAACCUUUUUAUAUGGUCGAGUUAAGAUAGCCUUGUUGGCUUUUUGGAAAGGGUCCAUAUUGGCUACAAUAAAGUGUAUUUACCAUGGAA